UUAUACUCAUGAAACUUUUCGUCUUCAAAUAUUGAUUGAAGAAAAUAAUUAAAUAGAUAGAAAUUAAAAAGAUUAUGAUCUGAUAAUGAGAAGAUAAGUUCCUUAACAAUUCAAAGCCUCCAAGUUUAAGUUCCAAUAUUAUACUAACUAAUUGAAACGUCAUUAUUCACAGGUGAAUAGGUGAUAUAGGUGAUUUGCACGCCAAUUUAGAAAGAGUUUUUUGUUUGUAAAGAACUGUGGUCAAUCAAUUUUGGGCCCCUUUAGGAAGCUGCCAUGCAAUUUCCUUAAACCUAAGUUAUACGUUAAUAUCACUACUUCAUCUCCUAGGCUUCUCUGCAAUUUCUCAAAUGCAUAAAAAAAAAAAAAAAAACUUUCAUGGCUUUGACCUUCUCUAUUUAAGCUGUUGAAUCAUUGCCAACUGCCCUUUGAAACUAAGAUUUUUUCACUUUCAAUAUCAUGGCAACUGCUAAAGAUUCCAAGGGUUCCAAAUGGUUCUCCAACAAGAGCCUUAAGUUAAGCCUUCAACUUUGUCGAUCCAAGUCUGACUCCCUGUCGUUUAUCUCUCCGGGAUCAUCACCAACGACCUUGGGAUCUCCUCGUACACCUAAAAGAUCCAAGAGGCCAGAAGAAGUGACGAUGAAAGAAGUGUUUCGUCAUUUUGAUGGAGAUGGUGAUGGGAAAAUUUCUGCCCUUGAACUUAGGGCUUAUUUUGGAUCCGUUGGGGAGUACAUGUCACAUGAAGAUGCUCAAAGGGUGAUCAAUGAUCUUGACUCGGAUGGCGAUAACUUGUUGGACUAUCAAGAUUUCUUGAAGCUAAUGAAACGAGAAGCCGGCCGUCACGAUGGUGAUGAUCAUGAUCUGAAGAAAGCGUUUGAGAUGUUUGAAUCGGAGAAAGGUUCAGGGCGCAUAACUCCAGAAGGGUUGCAAAGGAUGCUGAGUCGCCUUGGGGAUGACAAAUCUUAUGAUGAGUGUGUUGCCAUGAUUCAGGUAUAUGAUACCGAUGGUAAUGGUGUGCUUGAUUUUCAAGAGUUUAACCAAAUGAUGGCUUAUUAAUUUGCAAUUAAGCAAUAUCAAUACUAGUUAUACUAAGAGUUAUAUGUUUUUAUUUUUGGCAAAAUGAUGCCAUAAUCAUGUAAUUUUAAUAAAGGUUAAAAUAAUUUAAAAAAAUCUUUAUCUAAAUCCUUAUA